AUGCGUGAACUCAAGAAGUGUUGUCUUGUAGUGCAGUUGGAUAGCAACGAGUUUUGCACAACCUUGAGAUUGCCUGGGAGGGUUUAUGAAGCUGUAGAAACACCAGAUAAUCCCAAAGCGAUAAUCCAUCACUCAAAGAUUGAUUAUGUCGAGAAGGUAGAAAAUAUAUUAGGAAAAGAAGAGUUCUCUUUGAUAGAGAACUCUCACAUUGGGAGCAUUUUGAAGGUGGUUAAAAGGAAUAGGGUUCAAUUUUCAGAAGAGUUGUUCCAUUUUCUAAUGCAACGAAGAGUAUUGGCGCAAGGAGAGGAUCUCUGGUUUACUUUCUCAGACCAGCCUAUGAGGUUUUCACUAAGGGAAUUUCAUCUGACAACAGGCUUACGUUGUGAGGAAGAUCAGACAAUAACAGAGCCGCAGUUCAAAAUAAUGAAGAAGCCAUACCUUUGGAUGCUGGGCAAGAAUGAUAAGUUUACGGUGAGAAUGUUGUAUGAAAUGUUUAAAGAGAAAGCACGAAGCAUGCCAACACUAGAAAGAUUAUCCCUUGGAACAUCAAUAAUCACAGAAGCGGUAAUUAUGGCAGAAAACCUGAGUUCUAAAAUCCCGAGAGACAGGUUGCAGCGUUAUAUGAACUAUCGCUUACCCAAGAUGGCUUGGGGUAAAACUGCUUAUAGCAUCUUGAUGAGAAGUGUAAAAAGUUUGAGUGCAAGUUCCUGGACAGGAGAUAGUUAUGAAGUGAGUGGUUUUGCGCUAGCCAUAAAUUUGUGGGCAAUGUCAUCAGUGAAUGUGCUUGGUAAAUCUUUGGGAAAACCAUUGUGUCUACAUUGGGACUCAACAAGAACUCCGACAAUAACUGAAGUGUUAGAGCUGGAGAAGAAAAACAAUGUUGAGGUUAGCACAGUGAUUGGAUUAGCUGAGGAAUACAAACAUUUGGUGGGGGCAACACAAAGUGACGAUACUGACUUUCACAGUGUUGUGAAACUAGUUCAACAAGGAUACAAAAUGAGGAGAAGCGAUUGGGAGAAAGGUUUUGUGGAUAUGUUUGUUGCAACAGAAGAUAUAGGUCAACAACGCAAGACAAAAGACGAAGAUGCAGAGCAUGGUGAAGAUCUGAACCAUAGUGAAGAUGAAGAGGAAAAGACAGAUGAAGAGAAAAAUAAAGAUGAAGAGUAUCAAAAGGAUAAGGAGCAAAGAAAAGAUAAAGAUCAUUCCAUGUCUAACAGCGAGAAACUUGAUAAGCUAAUUCAAAUGGUUCGUGAUUUGGAUAAGCGAGUAGUAGUGAUCCAGAAUGUUUUAGGAGUUAAGUUUAAUGACGGUUCACCAAACAAAGAUGAUUGUGAGAAUGGAGCUAGUUCUGGUGAUAGAAGAAGUGCACAAGAUUACGAAAAUGAAGAAGAUACAAUUGAUGAAGAAGAAAACUCUAGUGAUAAAAAAAGUGCACCAGAUGAUGAAAAUGAAGAAGAUACAAUUGCUGAAGAAGCAAACUCUGAGGAUGGAAGAAGUGCACAAGAUGAUGAAAAUGAACAAGAGAUAUGUGAUGAAGAAGCGAAAUCUGUUACGUCGCCUACUCCAACAUUCAAUACUCCAAACUUUGAUACAAGGGUUUCAUCGCCUACUCCAACAUUUACGUCUCCUAAGUUUGAUCUCUUUUCCCAAGAAAGUCAUAGUGGAAAAGGUACAAAUGAGGUUCUUAUGAGAGAUGUUUGUGAGAUUACUGUUUUCCAACCUCUAAUGAAAAUUAAAAAGAGAUUGGUACAACAAGACAGUCAGGUAAACGAAGAUAUUGAGCCUCCACUUCAAAAGAAGUUUAAAGCUGAUACAGAUAAUGUUCCACUAAGAAGAAGUGAAAGAGGUCAAAUACCAUCCAUUCAUACACAACCACCGUUUACAGCAGUAAGGAAGAAACAUCUGAUUCUUCAUCCCUUUGAGCCAGUUGAUAAAACAAGAAAAGAAAAGAUGAGAGAAUGGAAAAUGUCAAACAAAAAAAAGAAACUGAGAAUCAAUCAAGAGAUAGUAACCGCAAAGUGGUUUUCAGAUAUUGAAACUCCGGGAAAAAAGCUUUCAAAAACGCGUAUUGAAGCAGUUGUUGGAGUGAAGUUUCUUGAAGAAAUAGAUGAGCUUUAUGAUGAGUUUUUAGAUGACAAGAAAGGUUUCCAAUUUGGAACAGGCUUUGACAAGUACAACAUAGAGAAGAAUAUCAACUUCCUCUAUUCGGCUAUUGCAGUAGCAGAGAAGUAUUGGCUUGGAGUUGUAGUCAACUUGGAGAAGAGAAGUAUCACAUCAUUCAAUUGUGCAGCAAUGAAGUUCACAGAUGCGAGUUUGGUCCCUGACGUUAAUGCAUAUGCGAUAGCUCUCCCAUUCAUGAUUCGCAACUUCUUCAAAGAUGUCAGCAUGGAUACAAGCAAGUUCUCGAUAAAAAUUGUAACUGAAGGUUUUCCACAGGUUCUUAAAAUAGAAGACAGUGGAGUUUAUGCAUUGAAGCCGAUAGAGUGCCAUGCAAUGCGUACAGUGGACUUGACAAAGCUGAGUGAAGAAAAAAUUGCAAUCGUCCGAGAAAAGUUGGCGGUUGAUAUCUUCUCGGAAUUACAAUGA